CCCGCCCAUUCUCUGAUCACGUGAUGUUCGACUACAGCGAUCUCCUGCUCAGCUGUCACUUGAUCGCUCACGAUCCAUUGUUUUUUUCACACCCUCCUGAAAUGGUGAUAAUUCCUUAUUUCCCCUCGGCACCAACCCAACCCACAGAUGCUGCCUGAUCCGCUGAGUUGUGUGGUGUAGAUUCCAGCGUCCAGCUCUGUGUCUCGGCUUUUCCUUUCCGGGUGGAUAAAAUGUGCUGAGGUGUCUCGGCUUGAAGCGCCGACUAUUUAUUCAUUUCCACAGAUGCUGCCUGACCUGCUGAGUUCCUCCGGCAUCUUGUGAGUGUUGCCCCGGAGUUCGGUGUCUGCAGACUCUCCUCGCUGUGAGCUGUACGUGGAACGUUUGGUCAGCGAGAAAUCGGGACUAUGAAGGUUUUCUGACUUCUCUGCUGCUUCCUUCAGAACUUCGCUCCUCGGUGUUUGCACUGAGAGCCUUCAAUGUGGAGCUAGCUCAGCGAACGGACCGAAAGUGAAGUCAUCCAGGAACUGAACGUGAAUCAACUGCAUGAGAUUUUUGCUGCAAUGAUGCAGAAAAGUACGACUUUAAUUUUGAAAGGGUGCAAGAUGUUGUAUCCCAGAAAACACUGGGUCUAAUGAGGAUACAGUUUUGGAGGCAACUAAUUGAAGAUGUCUAUAGCAAUAACCCUCCCCAUCAACCUAUUGCUAUAGAGCUGUGGAAGGCAGUAAGAAAACACAAGCUGACCAAGCAAUGGUUUCUAAGAAUUAUCGAUGAACGGGAGAGGAAUUUGAAUGAGAAAGCGUAUAGGAAUAUCCAAGAGCUUGAAUCCUAUGCAGAGAAUGCUCAGUCGUCGUUCAUCUACCUCCUCUUGGAAGUACUGGGUGUGAGGGAUCUCCAUGCUGAUCAUGCUGCGAGCCACAUUGGAAAAGCUCAGGGAAUAGUCACAUGUCUCCGAGCAACUCCCUAUCACAGUACACGACGCAAAGUGUAUCUUCCACUGGACAUUUGCCUGCUGCAUGGUGCAUCACAGGAAGAUUUUAUUCGGGGAAAUCGUGAAAAGCAUGUGAGGGAUGUGGUGUUUGAUGUUGCAAGUCAGGCUCAUGUUCACCUUGAACAUGCUAGGUCCUUCUAUGGAAAAGUCCCUUCGAGGGCCUACCCAGCAUUUUUGCAAACGGUUAUCCUUGACGACUACUUGAAGAAAAUUCGUAAAGUGGAUUUUGAUGUAUUUCACCCCAGCCUUCAGAAGAGGAAUACAAUGCUUCCUUUCCACUUGUAUAUACGUUCUUGGAGGAAAGUCUAUUAAUAAAAUGCCAACUUUAU